GAGAGUUCGGCUUUCGGCGCUUUGCGCGAAACGGGCUAUUUGCGCGGCUCGCAAUUGCUUCUUUGUAGUCUUUCCUCCGCCUUCUCCAUGCUGCCCGCUGACUGUGCCCAGAGGCUGGUUUCCCUUUUCACCCAAGCCUUGGAAGAUUGCACAGAGCAGAGGACAAAACUCCAGCAGAAAAUCCAACAGUGCCGUGCAGUUCUUGGGGAAUGGAACUCUGAGAGUGAAAACCCUGUUCCUGAAGAUGCCAAAACUGAGAAACAUGAAGCAACAGAGCCUUCAGCUGAGGAGCUCAAGGACCUGGAACUGCUUAACAAAGCCUUGGAGAAAGCAUUAAGACUCCGGUCAAAAUUCCACCAAGUGCCAUGCGAGACCAUUAAAGUCUCGGAAACUUCAAGUAAGAAGCCGGUGAGCCAGUCUGCUUUGAGGCAACCUGCACGUAAUCCUAAAGACAAGGUCCCCAAGACCACCGAGAUGUCUCCUGUGAGUAGAAAGCCGGUGGCGUCCAAAAAACCCACAGCCUACAUGUUGAAGGCUCCCUACAAAACUGAUGCGGCGGUGAAAAGGCCACCAGUGAAAAUACCAGCUGGACGGAGCAAAACGGCUGGGAAAAAGUUGGGGUCCUCAGUAGGGGUCUCCUCUCCAAAGUGGAAACUGUGCGCAAAGACAGCCAAGGACCCUCACGGAAAGGUCCGUGUCGCUGCCGAACCCGGCUUGCCGUUGGGCUGCUCCAUAGGUCCCUGCCACACGACGACACCCCCUCGGUUUGCCGGUAGAGGGGACUGCGAAGGAACAGGCCUUCAAGCCCCUGAUCUGGUAGAUCCUGGCCUGGAGGCUUUAGGUGGGCCGUAUCCUUUAAGAACAGACCCACCGAGAAAAGGAGCAAAGCCUCCAACUUCCACUUUUCAACAAAUCGGAUCUUCACUGAAACUGCCCCCUCCAUAUCAGAAAGCUUUUUCCAAGUAUGUCAGGUUGUUGGAAGAGUGCCAGGAUUUGAAAACAGACCCCGAGGCAGCUGUCACCAAGAGCCAAUUUUUAGAGAAGCUGCAAGCAACUUUCUUCUCUCCUACGCCAGCCUAUACCCCAAUGGAGGUGAAGCAGGAGUUGGUGCAUCUACGUGACCUUCACUUGCUCAUCACUCAGCACAUGGAAGCUGAAAGACCAGAGGCGCUUGGAGAAAACCCAACCUGGGACAGAGAGUACGAAAGCCUUGUGACUGUGCAGGCCUUACAAGAGCUCAUAGAGCCUCAUCUUGGCAAACUGGACCAGAUGCGAGAAGCCCUGGUGUCUCAUGCAGAGUUUGCCUCGCUCUGCAUGAACGACAAGGACGACACUGACCAGGAUUCUUGGGGCUUCUGUCAUGCUUCCCUUGGAGAGCAAACCUGCUCGGGUCCAGAUUCCGUGGGGCCUCCACGACUUCUUUUUUACUCCAGCUUGGAUGAGCUGAAAGAGAUGGAGGCUUUAAAAUUGCAGGUGGCGAUGCUGGACCAGAAACUUCAGAUCCAGACGGCUAUGGAAACGGAACUCCUUCCCCUUCUAGAACCGGGCCGCCUUCCAGAAAGUUCUAGACCUUCGGCGAUCCGUGCUGUGUAUUCCUUGAUGUGUGAAAGCGGUGAGCACGUUCCUGUUCUGGUGAAGGAUGAAGAAGUGCCCUGCUGAGCUGAAGUGAAAAGGGAUGACCAGCAGCCAUACCUAGGAAGCUGUUCGCUUUUGGCCUCCGUCCUUAAAUUGUCCACCCUUUCAUGACAGGUGAAGGUCAGUGGGGCAGGCCUUCCCCUGCGUGCACUUGUC